AGUUUAACCUAAAUUCCCUUCCCCUUCUCUGCCCCCAUUCUCGCUCUUCACAUUACCCACUGCCCUUUGAAUUUCUUGUUAAAGAAAAAAGGGAAACAAGUGCACAAACAGAAAAAUAUCAAAUCGUUAGGGGGAAAAGUUUGAAGGAUGAGCCGUGGAAGUGGAGGCGGAUACGAUCGACACAUUACGAUCUUCUCUCCGGAAGGUCGUCUCUACCAAGUUGAAUAUGCUUUCAAGGCAGUUAAGGCUGCCGGAAUCACCUCGAUUGGCGUCCGAGGGGCGGAUUCAGUAUGUGUUGUUACUCAGAAGAAAGUUCCAGACAAGCUUUUGGAUCAGACAAGCAUCACCCAUUUGUUUCCCAUUACCAAGUACCUGGGUUUGUUGGCUACUGGCAUGACAGCUGAUGCAAGGACUUUGGUUCAACAAGCAAGAAAUGAGGCUGCUGAAUUUCGUUUUAGAUAUGGAUACGAAAUGCCUGUUGACGCUUUGGCACGAUGGAUUGCAGACAAGUCUCAAGUUUACACACAACAUGCAUACAUGAGACCACUUGGCGUAGUUGCAAUGAUAUUGGGCAUUGACGAAGAGAAAGGUCCUCAACUCUUCAAGUGUGAUCCUGCUGGUCAUUUUUUUGGUCAUAAGGCAACAAGCGCUGGUGGGAAAGAGCAAGAAGCGAUUAACUUUUUAGAAAAGAAGAUGAAGAAUGAUCCUGCAUUCUCCUAUGAGGAAACUGUGCAGACUGCGAUUUCAGCUCUGCAAUCUGUCCUACAGGAAGAUUUCAAGGCCAGUGAAAUUGAGGUUGGUGUUGUAAGGAAAGACGAUCCCGUUUUCAAAGUAUUGUCAACUGAAGAAAUUGACGAGCAUCUGACCGCAAUCAGUGAGCGUGACUGACCCUGUUGAGUUUUGCGAACUAUGUGCUGAUAUAGUUUCAACAUGAACUAUGUUAGAUGAUGGGUAGGAAGGUGUGGGUGUUCUAUUUCAAUUCAGAUAAUCAUACAAUACCUUUCCCCUGGACCCAUGUUUAUCGUAUAAGUUAUGCAUCUCAGUGGUUCUGUUGGUUAUCAUAUAAACAUGCAUAUUUUAGUGCAAUUGAUAUCAUAGUCCUGCACAGAUCAGCUCAUUUGUGUUUU